ACCCUGUUUCGAUACUUGUCUAUCUAGUUUUUGUUUACCAAGUUUCGAUAUUAGAAUUUAAUAUUUGAUACAGGAUUUUUUGAUAUUUCUGUUUCUUAAUUUCUAAUCUAAACAGUCAUUUAGUGGGAUGCAUUUCUGACUUAGCUUUGAUGAAGAAAACACUAUCAGUAAUUUUUAUUUAAAGAGAACCACAUUGUUUGUAGGAAAACAAGACAUUUGCUAAAAAAACAUUUUUACUUACGCGCAAUUAAAUUGAAAAAAAAAUGGGUUACCUCUAUGUCUAUGACAAAAUUUAUGCAAUGUGUGUGAUAAAAAUUUGCCUGAAAAGAACUUUAGUAAAGCACUUUUCUAUUCAUUUUGAAAAGAAAUUUUAUUCUUGAGUGUGUGGUAAAUAUUUUAAUUGGAAUAGUGAUUUUAAUAUAAACUAUUUUAUUCAUUUUGACGAUGUAUCUUAUUUUUGUGGAGUGUGUCAUAAACCAUUUACAUGUAAGAAAAAUUAGACUUGCAGCUAAACAUUGUAUAACAAUCUAUUACAACUGAAUAUUCAGGAAGAUUUUCGCAUCGGUAUCAAAGCCCAAAUAAACGUCAAGGUUUGGUGACUUACAGUCUGCAAGUAACUAAGAAAAAAGCAUCCCACAACGUGUCCUACUCGAAGUUCGUUUUUUUUUUUUUUAAAUUUUUUUACUGCAAAUUAAAAGAUUACUACAGCUUGGCGAUUGUAGUUAGCGUGAACAUAUACCGUUGCAGAAAUAUCCUCUAAAAUUAAUUAGCUCUACAGUUUCGUUUUCAUGCUAAAUAGCAGUAUAUAUAUAUAUAUAUACACAUUUGUUUUAAGAUGGAAAACACGGAAAAUGAAACUACAAAUGAUUGUGAUAAUUCACUUGCAACUAAAGAUAGUUCUUGCAGUCAAUCUGCAGCGAAACCUUAUUCGUGCAAUGAGUGCCAUAAAACAUUUACAAGAAAGAAAAAUUUAGUUCAACAUUCUCUUAUUCAUAGUGGAGAGAGGCCUUUUUCAUGCAGCACAUGUAACAAAAAUUUUAGACGAAGAGGCGAUUUGCACGUACAUUAUCGCAUUCAUAUGACAGAGAAACCUUUUUCAUGCAGUAUAUGUUGCAAAAGUUUUAUACGUAAGAGCAAUUUAAAUGAGCAUUAUCGUGUUCAUACUUCUAGAGACUUAAAACCUUAUUUGUGCACUGUAUGCAAUAAGAAAUUUGCGAAAAAAGGCAAUUUGAAUAAACAUUCUCGUGUUCAUGCAGAAGACAAGCCUUAUUCAUGCAGUGUGUGUGAUAAAAGUUUCACUUGUGAAGUUGAUUUAAAUAAACAUUCUCUUGCUCAUUCCAAAGAUAAACCUUAUUCAUGUAACAUUUGUGGUAAAAGUUUUAUAAAUAAGAGCAAUUUCAAUCAGCAUGUCCGUGCCCAUAAUGCGGAAGAAAAAUUAUAUUCUUGCAGCGUAUGCAAUCGAACAUUUUCGAGAAAUAGCAAUUUGAAAAGACAUGCUCGUGUUCAUACUGGAGAGAAGCCUUAUCCUUGUAAUAUGUGCGAAAAAAUUUUUACACAAAAGGCACAUUUGGAUAAGCACCAUCGUCUAGUUCACAUUACAGAGAAACCUUAUUCGUGUAAUGUGUGUUCUAAAGCAUUUGCAAGUAAAUAUGAUUUAGAUAGACAUUCUCUUGUUCAUACGGAGAAGUAUUCUUGUAGUGUGUGUGAUAAGACAUUUUCAUACAAAGUCUCCGUGAAGAAGCACUUUGUUAUUCACACAGGAGAAAAGCCUUAUUCAUGCAGUGUUUGCAAUAAGACUUUUGCACUGAAGUCCUCUUUAAAGCAACACAGUAUUAUUCAUUCCGGAAAAAAGCCCUAUUCAUGUAGUGUGUGUUAUAAAAGGUUUAAUUUUAGAGUAAAUUUAAGAACUCAUUUUCUUGUUCAUACUGGACAAAAGCCUUUUUCCUGUAGCAUGUGUGAUAAAACUUUUGCAUUAAAAUUUCAAUUAAAAAAGCACUCUCAUGUUCAUUCAAAAGAUACAUAUAUUCAUGUAGUGUGAUUAAGCAGAACAUUCUUUUUGAAAAGUAGUAUAAGGGUAUUUUAUAAUGUAUAAGCUAUUAAGGAACGAUAUGAGAAACCAUUCAUAUAUAGUUUUUAUCUUUUUCAAUUAUGAUUUUAUGAUUGUGCAGCUGUUUUAGCUGUGCAUUUCAUGUAAAUAAAUUAUUUACUGCAGCACUUGUUCAUAAAUGAUAGAAUAUGUGAUUUUUUUUCUAGAAGAAGAAAAAACUGUGAUUUAGCUGUAGUAAUUUGCCAAAUUUUGAAGAAAAAAUAUUUUUUAAAGUAUUAAACUAAAUUUUUAAUAGGUUUUUCAAAUUUGAAACUUAAAGUUGCAUUAGAAGCACUAAUGUGAAAAAUAUUAUUAAAUUCCUUUUAAAAAAUACAAUGUUAAUUUUUAGAUCUCCUAUUCUAUACUAAUGUGUUAGUAAUUUCUUACAAAAAAAUUAUGAUCUAUUUGCAUACUACUUUAUUUGGUAUUUUAUUUAUACAAAAGCUUAUGUGUUGUUAUUUGUGCUCUUUUGCUGUGCUUUUAGAAGUUUUUUGUAGCUUUUAAUCAACACUUGAUCAGAAGUUUUCUAAUAAUUAGUUAUUAAAAUUGUUGAUAAUUAUUA